AUAGUCAGAAUUUAGGUACUGCAAGCAAAUUUUCAGAGCUCAAUCUCAAAAAAAACGGCAGUGAUGACGGUGAGUUCGUGUAUCACACCGGAGAGCAGAACUACCUGGACUUCGGCCGCAUUUACACCUGGAAGGGAGAAAAGAUGAUGUCCUUCUGGAAGAGCAACCAGAGUAACAUGAUCAACGGCACCGACGGCAGCGGCUUCCACCCGUUCCUGAGCAAAGAAGAGCGGCUGAACGUCUUCACCCCUGACCUCUGCAGGUAGCGGCCCUCGUUUACAUCCAUGCACUCAGCAGACGUCAAGGUUAUUAGACAGCUAGAUUACUAAUGCAGUCAGUGCUUUCAGAGUGAUAUUUAUGCUGAGAUUGAGACUUAAAUAUGUGCAUGCAAUGCCUUUUUUCCUGCUUGUUUUGCACUCACAUCUUUUGUUAUGUUGAUGUAAUAAAAUGAGACGACGCGCGCUGAACUUUUAGUGGAAAAGAGACGUUCAGACAGUCCUCAUCGCUGCUGAACAGCAGCUAAAACAGCUCCAGUUGUGCAGCACGAGAGAGAUCGAAAAUAACAGAGACGUAUGAAGUAAAAGUGCAGAAAAUUUC